AUCAAGUAACAUUUUGCUCGUCAAAUUUCUGUAAAAUGGCUGUGAACACGCAAAUCCGCAGUAUUUUCCGAUCGGGAUUAUUUUCAAACAAAGUUGCCAUUGUUACUGGUGGUGGGACGGGUCUUGGCCGUGCAAUUACUCAAGAACUUCUCUACUUAGGUUGCAAGGUUGUAAUUGCAUCAAGGAAAGUGGAACGAUUACAGACUGCUGCCGAUGCCAUGAAUGCCUCUUUACCCAAGGAUUCCACCGCAGCUAUCCAAGCUGUUAAAUGUAACAUACGGCAGGAAGAAGAGGUGAAGUCGCUCAUGAAAACCACUGUUGAGAAGUACGGCAAGAUCGACUUUCUGGUGAACAAUGGAGGAGGCCAGUUUCCUUGUCCUCUCUCAGACAUCUCCAUCAAAGGAUGGAAUGCUGUGAUCGACACCAACCUCACAGGAACAUUCCUGUGCUGUAGAGAAGCUUUUAAUGCCUGGAUGGGAGAGCAUGGAGGAGCCAUAGUAAACAUCAUUGUUGAUCUCUGGAAAGGCUUUCCAAUGAUGGGGCAUACUAGUGCAGCAAGGGCAGGCAUAGAGAACUUGACAAAGACAGCUGCUGUUGAAUGGGCACCUCAUGGAAUCAGGAUCAACUCGGUGGCUCCUGGUACAGUGUUUGGGAAGGAAGCUGCAGAGCAUUAUGGGACAGAGGAGAUCUUCAAGCUAGCCAUCCCUGCCAUUCCUGCUAAGAGAUUAGGAACACCAGAAGAGAUUUCAGCUGCUGUAGCCUUUCUUCUUUCUCCUGGUGCUGCUUACAUCACUGGAGAGUCGAUCAAAGUGGAUGGUGCUAGUAGUUUAUACAUGCCACCAGGUGGAUAUACAGUCAGAGACCAUAAGAACAUGCCAGCCUACAAGUGGGAGACCGACGAUGAAAACGAAGGAGGGAAUAAUCCUGGUGGUCCGUCAUCAAAGUUGUAGAGGAGACCUACAUGACACAAACACCUCACUGAGGAAUGAAGAUAAAGAUCAAUUAGAGAAGAAAAGAGAGAAGAAAUGAUGCCUUUCGUGAUUAAACCAUUGGGGACAGAUUGAAUUUUAUUGAUCUUGUAUUUCCAGUGUGUAUCAUUCCUUGAUAUCUAAGGCGAUAUAACCUCACUUCAUAAUGAAGAUGAACAGUAAUUCAUGAAGAAGAGAAAGAAUUAAAGGUUGAUCUUUUUUGUGAUUAAACUACUUGAUACAGUUUGUAUGUUAUUGAGCAUGUACAUCCAGUGUGUAUCAUUCCUUAAUAUCUAAGGCGAUAUACUCUCAUGUCGGAAUGAAGAUGCACAGUAAUUCAAGAAGAAGAGGAAGAAUUAAUGAUGAUCUUUUUGAUAAAACUAUUGAAGAUAGAUUCUAUUUCAUUGACCAUGUAUUUGACCAUGAACUUCUAAUGUUUAUUGCUCCUUGGAAGCUCAGGUGAUGUCCAACCAAAAUCCAGUCUUGGACUGUGAAGAGCGCCAUCAUCUCGGUGCCUAAUCAAAGGUACUGACUGUAAAAGGAAAAGCAGGAUCUUGAGGCUUAAUUUCAGGUGUCCUUUGCUGUUGUAUAGGUGAAUCUUAACCCUUUGAGUACCAAGCAUGAGAACACUUGAGCUAGAGUCUAUGGAAAAUGUGUAUUGUACAACAAUAACAUCAUCAUCACCAUCAUCAUUUAUUAGAGUCGGUAUUUCCACUCUUACAAGGGGUUACCAACUUCGUGCCAUGAUGACAUAUCUCUCCAUGAAAUCUUUUGUCUUCCUUUCCUUGUUAUUGAAAAUUGGAAACAUAUGCAACUUUUAGUUGAUGCUUUCACCAGCUGUUGAACACUAAACCCUAAUAUAACUCAAGAUAAAGUCGUUGCAAAGUGUGUAAUGCCAACAUGUAAAUUAUAUGGAAUUGGUUUUUUGAUGCUUCAGUCAGCUGUUUAAUUGGCUAGAUCAUUGCCAUGGCAAUAGAUUAAGAUUCCAUGACAAGACUUUGCAUGAAGCUAAAAGAGAAGAAUAGAGAUUGGAAAGAUGAAGAUCAUUAACAGGAGUAAGGAGCUAACUGUUUUAAAAUGUGAUAUCUAAAACAGUUUUCCUUCAGUUUUGUUCAUACAGAUAAUUCAAAUUGAAAAUGCAACUCAAUAGUGGUAGAAAUGAAUAUGCAUAUUGGUGUCAAGUAUAGUGGUACAAUUAAAACUGUAAAGAAAGACUGCCCAAGGGAGACACAAAAAGUGGUCUUUCUAAACAGUGGUCAAUUAAAGAGAAACAAAUACUGGUAAUGUGUUUAUAGACAGGUAUAUAAUGGAUCCAACUGUACUGGAUUACGCUUACUCCUCUUUCCAAAAUUUGAAAUGAUUUCAACAUAAAUUUGAUCCUGGUGAUGGUACUAGUUAAUCAGUAUGAAGUGCCAGAGAUACUGAAAUAUUUUAUUAGCUGUCAGCUGUGUCCAUGUAUAAUGUAAAUGAUAUUAUUACUUGGCAGGAUUUAUUGUCUGUGCCUUGCCAAUGUACAAGUAUCUGAUAUGUCUAUCAUGUUUUAAAAGUAUUAUAGAUGUACAGGGUAAUUAAAAUAGCUUGUAUAAGUGAGAUUGUAUAAGUGAAGCACCAGGAAUAUUAACCUAUUGGUCUACCUUAAACAUUUGCAAGUCCAAAUUUGUAAGAAAUAAGUUUGACAACUUAAAUACAAAUAAAAAAUCUCCUAAACGUUUUAUUUAAGACAAAGGUUUUCUUUAUAUUCAUGACUACCACAUCAGCAUGUCUAUUUUGUUUUGUCUAGUAUUGAAUUUUGACACUCACAAACUGCAAAUGUCAUAAAACAUAUUGUAUACAUGGAAUUAUUCCAAAUGAAUAAGUCACGAAUAGGACUGUAUCCACAGUCCAUCCACUGAGACUACGUCCAGAUCCCCUGGCCACUUCUACAUAAUUAUGUUUUGGGAAGGUUCCACGGUCAGUUUUAUUAAAGAAUUCUUCAUACCAGACGGUCAUUUCUGUCUAGACAUUAACUUUUUUUGUGUUCAAAACAGUAAUGUAUGAAUAUGUUUUCAAACACGAUCGUUUUAAAAUGUUGAUUAAUUAUAACUAGUUAAUAGUGUCUGACAGUAAAGUAUAGCAAGUAAACGGGUUUCCUUGCAUAAUUUGAAUAUUAGGACACUGCUCAAGUUUAAAUUUCACAGAAGGACAUACAUAACAUAUUUAUAAUUCCUGCAAAGUUCUACAGAAUUUGAUGUUGGCUGCGAAAGGGAUAUAGUAUCUUUAAUGAACUCAUGUGUUAAAUGACCCUAAGUUGAGCCCUUGUAUGGUACACUUAUUCUAUUGAUCUGUAGUAUUUUUUUUAAAUAUAUGAAAAUGAGGUUUUUGUCUGUUGAUGGGGUUGGUUUUGUAUGCCUAAAAAUCUCAGUCUAUAUAUAUAUGAUAAGGAUUAUUUUAUGAUGAAGACUACCUCUAUAUAUUAUGAAGUUUUGUGAAUGAUGGGAAUAUUAUCAUUUGAAAUUCUGAUAUAACUUUUGUUAUUGCAUCUUUACUAAAGACUAUUUUUUGAAUGAAAUAUGCAAUAUGUAAAAAAAUAUAUGACGAAUGUCUAAUUUGCUGUUUGGAGAAAUUGUACAUGUAUUCAUGUCUAAUAAAGGUGAAACAAUUAUAUUGUUUACAGAAUGAAUUA